UUGACUUCACCAUUUGCCCAGAGAUGAACGGCUGAGCAGAUCCGAUCGGCUCACUACUAGUAUAACUAAAGCAGAUCGUUCUGAAGAGAGGCCAUUUCUCCUUUCAUUCGUUCAGUUUACACCAACGAGGAACCAGGGCAUGGAUCUGAGACAGGAGCACCCCGCGGUCUCCUCCGCCUCUCAAGUCCACAGUGCGGCGGGCGCCUCCAUCCCGGUGUCCAUGGCCGGCACCCUCCUGCGCGGCCCGCCGCUCAUCCUGCGCGCCUCCGACAAGUACCCGCGCACCCCGAAGUGUGCCCGCUGCAGGAACCACGGCGUGGUGUCCGCGCUGAAGGGCCACAAGCGCUACUGCCGCUGGAAGGACUGUAUGUGCGCCAAGUGCACGCUGAUCGCCGAGAGGCAGCGGGUGAUGGCGGCGCAGGUGGCGCUGCGGCGGCAGCAGGCGCAGGAGGAGAACGAGGCGCGGGAGCUGCAGCUCCUCUACGGCACCGCGGAGGGACUCGCCCUGGCCGCCGCCAACGGCAUCAUCCCGCCGCGUCCCAACUACGAGGUGUUCACCUGCGUCAACAGCGAGAGCAACUCAGAUUCAAGUGUCCAGAAAUACGAGCUGUUUCCGAAGAGUCAGCUCUCCGGAUCCGCCGCAUCUCAGCAGAACUCCGGGAAACCGGCGUCCACCGAGAGCGACUCGGCCCCGGGCAUCUCUUCCCCGGACGGCCGACACGGAGGCUCGGGUUCCGAGAACGGAGACAGCGAGUCUUUCAUAAGCUCGCCGGUCUCCAAGCCUCUGAAAGACGGAGGGGAAACUCCCCGUUCCGUCAGCUCCCUCGGCUCCGAUUCCGGCUCCGAGACCGACAAGGACGAGCAGGAGCCGUCCCCGUCCUCCGCGGCCUCCCGCCACAUGAACGCCAUCGACAUCCUGACCCGAGUGUUCCCGAGCCACAAGCGCAGCGUCCUGGAGCUCGUCCUGCAGGGCUGCGGUAAGGACGUGGUGCAGGCCAUCGAGCAGAUCCUCAACAACAGCGGCGGCGGCGGCGGCGCGCAGGGCUCCAACAAGGCCGGGGCGGACGAGACAUGGACGGCCGAGCGGGUGCUCCAAAGCGCGCAGCAGCUUCCUCCGUCCUCCGCGUCCACGACCACGCCGACGAGGCCCAUGUUGCCCGGAGCCAUGACGCUCAGCAACCGCUCCGCGUUCUCCCCCCUGCAGCCGAACUCCCCGCACUUCACCGCCGACCCCGGCGCCUACUCCCUGGGCACCCACCUGGGAUUGAACCCGCUGCGGCUGGCGUACUCCGCGCACAGCCGGGGACUGGCCUUCAUGACGCCUUACUCCACCAGCGGGUUGAUGCCCACGCUGGGCUUCAGGCCCCCGAUGGACUACGCCUUCAGCGACCUGAUAAGGGACAGGACAAUGUUACACAAGGAGCAGGGCUAUGCCAGCGGCCUGUAGGGGCCUUUGGUCAACAACACGCCGGAGGAACCGUGAGGCCGCUGGGUUGACCGGACGGACACGUUGCAUUUUAUUUGUAGCCACAAGUGUUGAAUGUUUUGGCGAAAAUCUGUGAUGUGAUUUGGCUGCAGGCUGCUGUAAAUAAUAGGAUUUGCUGGCUUGUAGUUAAAAGGUCCGGGAGGUAAAAUAAAAAUACAUGAAUAAAAAAAAACUCACAACUAAACUCACUUAUGUGUAAUUUAAAAAAAAAACAUGCUUUUUAUAUGUUUGACUGUAAAGUCCGGAUGACAUUUGUGAACCUGAUCAAUAAAAUAACCGGAAGCUGAAAAGAUAUUUAUACACGCCAAAAUAAAUCACAAUGAACAUGGGGAAUUAAAAAAUCCUAAAAAAUAAAUAAAAAGUAAACCCAGUCACAGAAAAAAUGCUAUGAAUAUAUAUUGCUUUUAUUACUGACUUCUGUUGCAAUUCUGCACCAAGAUAUAAAAAAGGGAAAAAGCAAAGACAUGUUUUAUCAUUUUCUUUUCAGCUGGUCGGCAAAUAUUAAGUGCACAUUAAAUUAAUAAUAAACAUUCCUCUCACACUCAUAAAUAAUAAUAGAAAAGGCAAAAUUAAAUUAUUAUAACGUAUGAUUAUGUAGAUUAUACAGAUAUUAACCCAAUUUCCUGAUGUACAAGUUGAACUAAUGUGUAAAUGUCAUCCCCUUUUUCUUUAUAUUAUUUACCUUAUCUCAACAUAUUUCUUUAGUUUAUUUCCAACUGCCUGUAUUAUAUAUUGCAUUUGGUAAUAUGAAACGCUCUGCUAUGUUUGACUUUUCAUUUAUCCUUUAGUCGGCUCCUAUAUUUUGUGACAAAGUGCUGGAUCAGGUCAGUUCAUCUUCAAAUGUUACAAGCUGUGCUGUCACAUUGUAUGAAUAUGAUGGAAAUAAAUGUUAUUUUAAAGAAA